AUGUUGGCUGUCAAGUACUUUGGCGCGCGUCAUUUGGUCAGCAAGUGUUCUAGCGAGGGGGGCUGGGCGAUCCCCCUGGACGACGCGCGGGGGACGGCGGCGACCCCGCUUGCCCGGCAGCUGAUCACGAGGUACUGCAAGGCGCAGGUAAUGGCAAUGGUGCAGCUGGAGGCGACCAACCCUACCCAACAGAAG